AUGCAUAUCAGCCAUUCAGAUAUUACCCAGAGUCCCGCAGAAGGCAACCUCCAGGAGGCUCCGGGGCGCGUACCACAUUCAAACUUGCAUGAGCCGCAACCUCCCAACCAUCUGCAUGAUAAUGAUAACGUAGGCGUCCUAGUCACGUUCACACCCACCAUCCGCAGAGACAGCAGACUGGCUUUCCAGUCCAUCGAGACUGCAGAAGCAACAGUCCCCAACUAUGCAGACUGCUCAGCCGCACUCGAAAUUUCCAGAUUCAAUGAGCUCUUGGCUCAUCAUCAACUGUACAUGACACUGCACAUAUAUCCUGCGAGGCUACUUGCCUGCAUAACAGCACUGCACCGCCGGGCAAAAGAUACAAUGGCCGAUGUCAGUUGA